UCUCACCGUUGUGUGCACUAGCCUGCAUUCAUCAAGUAUGCAUGUAAGAUCCAAGUGGCCCAGGCAUCCCCAUUUUCAAGUGUCCAUUCCAUCUCUCCUUGAAAACACAUCAGCAUACCAGUGCAGGAAGUCCUUGGAACCUCUCCGACACCCGUUUGUGACACUAUUGCGGGGACUACCUGACCGGGCCGCUGCCACCACACCCGGAACAGCUCGGACAGAAGCGGCAAACAUGUCGGAAUCGCCAGACGAGACCUUCUUCAACGACCUAUCGCAGCAACCGGAUUGCGGCGACGAGAGACAGUCGCCCUCGAGUGCCAACGGGCAACCCGCACCAGGCGACGAUUCGGCCAACAAGACGAAACGAAUCGCAUGUGUUGUGUGCAGGAAGAGGAAGCUACGCUGCGAUGGUGCGCGGCCCGCAUGCGGCACAUGCAAGAGGCUCUCCCACAACUGCGCAUACGAUGAGAAGAGGAAGAAGAGCGGGCCAAAGAGGGGUUAUGUGAAGCUUCUCGAGGCGCGUCUGCAGCAAGUCGAGACGCUCCUCAAGAAUCAAGACACCGGCGACCAGAACAAUGAUAGCCCCCGUCAAGAUACAACUUCAGCCUAUGUCGCAAGCACGAUACAGAACCCCCUCCCCCAUUCCGGCGACUUCCUGGGGACGGGCGAGAGGCCUGCAGCACCUACACGACCUCAAGGCCCUGAUGGCCUUCAAAAUAACCCCCAGGUAACAGCUGAAGGCGAUUUCCCUUGGGAGAUGAUAGGUCUGGGGCUCGAUGAGCCGCUUCCUCCUCAAGAUGUCAUGGACGAACUCUACAACAUCUACUUUACAAAAGUGCAUCCCUCUUUCCCCAUUAUACACAAGCCACGAUUCAUGGCUGCCAUGAAUCUUGCCCCCCAUAUGCGCCCGCCCGUGUGCUUGCGAUACAUCAUGUGGACUCUGGCUGCAUCCAUUACCGAUAAAUACGAUGCGUUACAGGAUCAUUUUUACCACCGCGCAAGGAAAUAUGCCCAGUCGGAUGAGUUGAAGGGUCAUGGUGAAUCAACUAUCACCCUGGCUCAUUGCCAGAUGUGGAUCUUGACAUCGACGUACGAGUUCAGACUCAUGUACUUCCCGCGAGCAUGGUUGUCGUCUGGACGAGCAAGUCGGCUUGCACAAAUGAUGCAGCUUCAUCGUUUGGACGGCACGGGCCUGGAUGUAAAGCAGUGCUUACCGCCACCGAAAGAUUGGACAGAACGCGAGGAGAGAAGGAGAACGUUCUGGAUGGCCUUUUGCGUCGAUCGAUAUGCAAGCAUUGGGACUGGGUGGCCCAUGACCAUUGAUGAACGAGAUAUCAUGACAAAUUUGCCAGCUAGCGACAUGGCGUUUGAUAAGAGUAAACCCAUGCCUACCAGCUCGCUUGAACAGUCCCUGACUCCCAAUGGAUUGGGUAACCUCCAAUCAUUUGGUGGUACCGUACUGACAGCAGCACUCUUUGGUCGGAAUCUUCUACAUCUUCAUCGACCUGCAGCAGAUGAUCACCCUGAUGAUCUGAAUGGUGAAUUCUGGACACGGCAUCGAAACAUAGAGAACAUUCUUUUACAAACAUCGUUGGGAAUGCCCGAUCACAUGAGGGUACCUAAUGGUCUUCAAGACCCGAAUGUUGUAUUCACAAACAUGAGCAUUCAUACUUCUGCCAUUUGUCUCCAUCAAGCUGCUAUCUUCAAAGCCGAUAAACACCGUUUACCUGUCAACGUCAGCAAUGAAAGCAAGAUUCGCUGCGUUACAGCAGGUGUUGAGAUCGCCUCUUUGAUGAGAAUGAUCAGUCACAUGGAUUUAGCAACUAUGAAUCCCUUUAUAUCGUUCUGUGUCUAUGUAGCAGCGCGCGUCUUCGUUCAGUAUCUCAAAACUCGACCCAAAGACCAGCAGAUGAGCUCCUCACUUCAGUUUCUACUUCAAGCCAUGCAGGCACUUCGCCGCAAGAAUCCUUUGACAGAAUCAUUCCUUGUGCAACUAGAUCUAGAUCUUGAGAGUGCAAACCUUCCUGGUCUUCAGCACAAACCUUAUCUGCCUCCCGAUCCUCAGAAAGCAUCGUAUCCCGCGAAUACUGAUUCUGUCGCCUGCAGUCCGGUGUACGAAAUACGGGAAAGCCAGAGUGCCACUGCACCCAUGAACCAAUUCCAACCUCCUGAACCACUCAAGACAACACCGCAGAAUCAGCCGUAUAGACAAUCUUUCCAGCUACCAAACGUAGCGGGUAUCAACUACGACGGGGCUCAAACCGGGGCGGCAAAUGGGGUCCAACUGGGGAGCGGAGGAAGCGGAUUUAGCUUGAGUGAGGGCAACGAGAUGGACAUUUCACAAGAUGGAAACGGAGAUAGCCCGAGAACGUCGAAUUCGCAAACAGUCUCACACUCUGGAGGAGGAUCCACCUCGCAUUCGUCUUAUUCACCCAGCCAACACACGGACCAGAUACCAUACCGCCCCUCGCCGCGCAUGGCCAACCAAAUGCCUCUUAUGCACCCGCAGCAGCAGCAGCAGCAGAACAAAUCACCACCGCCAAGUACGAGCACAAACAUGGCGAAUGUGAUGAACGCAAGCGCCAACGCCAACACCAACUUUUUCGGUACCAACGACGAUAUGUUUGCCAUGUACGGUGUGCCACAAAAUAACUUGGACGGCAGCAAUGGCUUCCAUAAUGGCUUCUUAGCGAAUAAUGAGUGGGAUCUGUCUGGAAACAUGGGAGUGGGAGGGGCAGACAUGGCGACCAUGACCGAGGGAAACUGGCAUCAGAUGUUGGAUAGCAUCAACAUGACCUGGGACGGGAUGAAUGAAACCACGGGAACGGGCCACACAAAUGCAUGAGGAUAGCUGCGCGUCUUUUCGUCUUUUUCGGAAUUG